GGUGAAAGAUGAUAAGUUCACUUUUCUAAGAACAAGUUCCUUAGUCAUUUGACCUAAGGUACUUAUGUCAAUUCUCAUGAGAUUUUCUUCAAACAAGAAAAGUGGCUAGCUUACAGCACAGUAGAGUUUUCAGAGUGACUAGCAAGAAUUACCUGCACACAGAAAUGCAAAGACCAUUACUUCUUGCAGGACUCUACAUUUUGCUGAGUUUGUCAGGAGUUAUGAUUCAGAAGUCCAAAAGUACCUGUCGAGACUGCCCCCAGAAUGCUUUCUGUGUCAAUGCCACCCACUGUACCUGCAACUCUGGAUACACCCCUGAAUCUAAGUCAGAAUUUUUCACAUACCCCUUGGAGAAAUGUAAAGAUAUUGAUGAGUGUAAACCACCCAUUAGUAUAUAUUGUGGACCAAAUGCUGAAUGCCAGAAUGCUGAAGCAAGUUUCUUCUGUCACUGUGACCCUGGAUAUAAACUCCUCUCUGGAAAAACACGCUUUAUGAAUUCUAAUGAGAACACUUGUCAGAAGAUCACCUCCUCAAACACAACCAAAGGCAAUAAAGAGCUACAACAGAUUGUUGAGGAUGUUGAGUCACUUCUCACCAACAAGACUCUGUGGGGAAUGGAAGAGAAGAGAAAAGUAGCAUCCAAGGUCACAUCUAUUCUCCAGAGUGUGGAAUCGAAUGUUCUAGAAACUGCCUUGAAAGCCCCAGGUCAAGAAAUGCAGAGAAUUCAAAACAGUGCUAUGGGUAUUGAAACUCGAGUUGUUACAGACAAUUGCUCCAAGGAAGGAAAGAACUUCAACUUGAACAUCCAAAUGAACUCACUGGACAUCCAUUGCAAUGACAUCAUCCAAGGAAACAUACCAGGUCCCCAUGCAGUUGCCUUUAUUUCAUACUCUUCUCUUGGAAAUAUUAUAAAUGCAACUUUUUUUGGCGAGAUAAAUGAGAAAGAUCGAGUUUACUUGAACUCCCAGGUAGUAAGUGUUGCUAUUGGACCCAAAAGGAUCAUAUCUCUCUCCAAGAAAGUGAAUCUGAGUUUUCAGCAUGUAAAGAUGAAGCCCCUGAGCAAAACGGUCUUCUGUGUCUUCUGGGAAAGCACAGAGAAAGACGGCCACUGGUCCAGUGAUGGCUGUUCCCUGGUACAGUUGAACGAGAGUCACACCAUAUGUGAAUGCACUCAUUUGUCCAGUUUUGCUGUUCUUAUGGCCUCUGCCACCCAGGAGGAGGAUCCCGCCCUGGCUGUGAUCACCUACGUGGGGCUGAGCCUCUCUCUGCUGUGCCUCUUCCUGGCAGCCCUCACCUUCCUGCUGUGCAAAGCCAUCCAGAACACCAGCACCUCACUGCACCUGCAGCUCUCGCUCUGCCUCUUCCUGGCCCACCUGCUCUUCCUCACGGCCAUUGACAGAACAGAGAAUAAGGUGCUGUGCGCCAUCAUCGCUGGUGCCUUACACUAUCUCUACUUGGCCGCCUUCACCUGGAUGCUGCUGGAGGGUCUGCAUCUCUUCCUCACUGCACGCAAUCUGACUGUGGUGAACUACUCCAGUGUGAACAGACUCAUGAAGUGGCUCAUGUUCCCAGUUGGCUAUGGAGUCCCAGCUGUAAUUGUGGUCAUUUCUGCAGCAUCCAGGCCUCACCUUUAUGGAACACCUGAUCGCUGCUGGUUACACCUGAAACAAGGAUUCAUCUGGGGUUUCCUUGGUCCUGUCUGUGCCAUUAUUUGUGUGAAUUUUGUAUUUUUUCUCUCAGUCCUUUGGAUUUUGGAAAGGAAAUUCUCCUCCCUCAACAGCGAAGUGUCAACCAUCCAGAAUACAAGAAUACUGACACUGAAAGCAAUAGCUCAGGUCAUCAUCCUGGGCUGCACGUGGUGUAUGGGCAUCUUCCAGGUGGGCCCAGCUGCGUGGGUCAUGGCCUAUCUCUUCACCAUCAUCAAUAGCCUUCAGGGUGUCUUCAUUUUCCUGGUCUACUGCCUCCUCAGCCAGCAGGUUCAAAAGUGGUUUGGAAACAUCAUUCAACCUAAAUCUGAGUCUUCUGAGACUCAUAUACUUUCCAGUAGGCUUAGCCCUUACUCAAAACCCAGUGAGGAGAAGUGAGGAGAAAUUAUUAAAACUAGAAAUUCAACUUCACAUGGAAAGUCACAUCCAUGGAACUGGUUGGCAUUGUGAAGAAUGAAGCUAAGGACAAAAGGAAUCAUUAUGCACAUCAUCCCUGGAGAAGAAGUGUUUAAUCUGUAUUUCCUGAAGUGUUUGUUCUACAUAAUGGGCUCUCAAUAAAUGUAUGUUGUAUUGGACUUCUCUUGGUCAGCCAAUGCUUGUCCCUGGUUACCCAAAUCAUGA